CAAAUACACACGCUUUCCUUUUUCUUUCCCCCUACCUUAUAUUCCCCUUUUGAAAAUGACAAGCAGACUGGUGUCAAGUUUUAAAAAGAUUAACUGGACAUAUAGUGCAGUAACACACUUUCUUAGGCAAACAAAACAAAUAUCAGAUCUGAGCAUCUCACAAAGAUGCAAAAUCAGCAAUUUUCAGCGUAAAUUUGACGUCAAGACUGCAGGAACUGGGAUAUCCUUGUGUCUUUUGGGAGUUAAAAAAGCUUCAUGCCAAACAACAGAUAAUAUCACUGCUGCAGAUCCCAGCACACUCCUGUCAGAAACAUUAGUAAGAAAUGCUUCCUUUGCUGUGGUAGAGUCUACAACUGCAUUCCUGUCACAAGUCACGGUCAGUCUUGUGGAAAGUUGUGAGCAAUAUACAAAGGCUCUGUAUAUUUUGAUGAAAUUAAUGGAUUACAGACUAAAGGUUCUUGGUAAUGGAGAAAGUGAACAGAAAAUAGCUGAUUUAAUUAUAGAGGCCAGAGCAUCAGUUAAUAAAUUAAAGUCCAGAAAUCAGGAAUUACAGCUUCUUUAUAUGUCAGCUUAUAACCUGGUGAAUGAGGCUUCAACGGCAGCUUACACUGCAGGUUCUGAAUUUCACAGCACUGUAGCCACUAGCAUGAUACAGAGUUCAGAUGUACAUUUAUCUAAGUUUCAAAGGGAUUUAAAAGAUGCAGAAGCUGAGAUGAGGGAAAUGGAAGCUAAUGUGAUACAUGUUGAGUCUGAAUACAUGGAGAAAAAAAUGCAAUCGCAUAAUGAUCGUGAUGUAGAAAAUGAUGACCUCUUGAAUAUAGAAAAUCAAAAUGUUGGAACUGAUUCUGAAGCUAAUUUUCAGCAUGAUGGUUCAUUUGAUGCAGAAAACUUACAAAAUGAGACUUAAUUUUACAUGAUAACCACAAGUCUGUGAAUUUUCAAUAUGUCUUGCAUAUAGAAAUAAAUGUUUAAAUGAAAUGUAA